AGGAUACUGUAGUUUUAUCAUUCGAAAAUAGGAUUAUUAAAUAUGAAGUCUGUAGUAAUUUUUUGCAUUUUCCUGGCUGGAUGCAAAGCUUGGAUAGAUAAACCACAAAUAUUCGGAUCACAAAGGUGCGUUAACAUGUGGGAUGAAGGCUGCAUCAACGGACAAUUGCCCGGAUCUGGUGGCGACGAUGACUAUUUAAAUGGUGGAUUCAAUCCAGGAAAACGCUGCAUCAAUAUGUGGGACGAAGGAUGUAUUAAUGGACCCCUAGGAGGUUCUGGCAGCGACGACGACUAUCUAAACGGUGGAUUUACCCCCGGCAAGAGAUCUCUGUACGAACGCCUUCAAAAACUGCGUAAAUUCCAAAAACAUCGAAAUGCUUGAAUCUUAUCGCUUUUAUUUCAAAUAUUUAUUUAAAUCGCUAUUUCUAAUGUACAACCUAGUCUCAUCAUCGCAGUUUUGUGUCUUGUUAUUUAUGUUCAAUAAAUAAAUUAUUUUCUCUUCAAA